AUGCCUCUUGCACCAGGCGGCGACAGCUACAAGUUUUUUCGCAACGUCAAAGACUAUGGUGCCAAAGGUGAUGGGACCACGGAUGACACCGAGGCUAUCAAUCGAGCCGCUUCUGAAGGUAACCGGUGUGGCCAAGGAUGUGCUGGGACCUCGACGUUAGGGGCUUUGGUCUAUUUUCCGCCGGGCACCUACCUGGUAUCAGAACCCAUCAUCCAGUACUACUACACACAAUUCGUGGGAAAUCCCAAUGAUAGACCGGUCAUGAAAGCAGAUCGUGAGUUCAGAGGAAUCGCUAUCUUCGACACUGAUCCAUAUAUUCCUGGUGCAAACGGAGCUCAAUGGUAUAUCAACCAGAAUCAGUUCUUCCGUCAAAUUCGCAAUUUCGUCUUGGACAUGCGCGACAUGAAGCCUAUGAACUACGACGAGAACGGACAGGGACACGUCCCAGUUGGCAUUCACUGGCAGGUUGCUCAGGCCACAUCGUUGCAAAAUAUCAAGAUUCAGAUGCGUGACGAUGGCGAGGAUAGUGCCAAGACUGCUAUCGGUAUCUUCACUGAGAAUGGAUCUGGCGGCUUUAUCUCGGACCUUGAAUUCGCUGGAGGCUAUAUCGGCUACCAAGCUGGCUCUCAACAAUUUACCAUACGCAAUCUCAAUUUCACCAAGGUCACCAGCGCAAUCCAGGUGACGUGGACUUGGGGCAUGACAUGGCAACAGAUCACAGUGGACAACUGCACCAUAGGCUUCAAUAUCACUGGGAAGACUCCAGACAGUUCUGGAAACGGCCAAGGCGUUGGAUCGCUGGCCAUCAUAGACUCCAGUUUCACCAACACGGACUACAGCAUCGGGAUGCAACCUUUAAAUGGAGCUGACCCACCCGAACUUGUUCUAGAUAAUGUCUUCUUCUCCAAAACAAGCAAAUCAGUGGGCGUGAUAGGAAAAGAUGGCGAGAUUUAUCUCAAGGGCCCUGGUUCUGAAGAUGAUGUAACGAUCAAGUCCUGGGCAUUAGGCACCCGCUAUGCCUCUCGAGACGGCAAGCACGAGGUCACCCACGGUCUUGUCAGCCCUGCACCAGACAAGCCUUCCAAUCUCACCGAUACGAGAGCCGAUUGGAUUGUUCUCACGGAUCAAGGCGUUGCCAAUGACGGAACCGGAGACCAGACUGAUGCGAUCAACAAGGCUCUGAGUGGCGGGCGCAUGGUCUACUUUCCCGCUGGUAUCUACCAAGUCAAGGGAACGGUCAAUAUCCCCACCAAAUCUGUAGUGGUCGGCUCCGGUUGGUCGCAGAUCAGAGGUACGGGAGACUUCUUCAGCGACGCGAAUAACCCCAAGCCCAUGGUCCAGGUCGGCAAGCCAGGUGAUAAAGGCACAGUCGAGAUUUCGGAUAUGCUCUUCACGGUGAAGGGCCCGACGGCUGGAGCUGUACUCAUGGAGUGGAACAUCAAAGAGUCAUCCCAAGGAUCUGCGGCAAUGUGGGAUUCACACUUCAGGAUUGGCGGAGCAGGUGGCUCAGAUUUGUCUUUGACGGACUGUCCUCAGGCUGGUGGCUUUCAGGAGAAGUGUAUGGCUGCAUCGAUGCUGCUUCAUGUCACCGAACAGGCAAGUGGAUAUUUUGAGAACGUUUGGGCUUGGACUGCUGAUCAUGAUAUUGAUGCACCACUCGGAAGUGCCCUGACCUCGACAUCUGCCUCUCUGAACAUCUUCAGUGGCCGAGGGAUGCUUAUAGAGUCUAAGGGUCCGACGUGGCUGUAUGGCACCGCCUCUGAGCACAACGUUUUGUACCAGUACGAGCUGUCUGGAGCCGAGAACAUCUACAUGGGACACCUACAAACAGAAACCCCGUAUUUUCAACCAGCUCCCAAUGCCUUACAGCCGUUCCCUAUAGGCAAGUUCCCGGCAGACCCAAAUUUCAAGGACUGUGUCAAUGAGACAUGCAAAGAGUCAUGGGGCUUGCGAAUCAUAGACUCCAGGAACGUCUUCAUCUACAGCGCUGGCAUGUACAGCUUUUUCAACAAUUACGGACAAGGUUGCAUCGAUUCAGAAGAUUGCCAGGAGCGAUUGUUCAGAAUCGAGAGAUCAAAGCAUGUGUGGAUCUUCAACAUCUUCACAAAGGGUACUAAAGAGGUUGUCAGCAGUUUCGGUGAGAUUCCAUCAGUGCCGUUCAACUUUACUGCUAAAUCUGGAUUCACAAGCGAAAUCGGCGUUUAUUUGCCGUAUGCAGGUAGCGGAUCCGCGACAAAUACAACCGUGGUCUUUGUCGAUCCGUCCAUCUGGACCAAUCCAAAGCCCGAUGUUCAUUGCGCACCGCCUUGUAUCAUGGUCCUUCCCCCAAGCACGUUGAGUUCCGCAGUUACUGUCACAUUUCCCCCUCUCACGACUACUCUUCAAGUUGGAUGGACGACUACGGUGGAUGGAUCAUCCAAAUUCACGACUACCAUCGAGACUACCACUAUCACGAUUCCGGCCAUCACAACUUCGGUGAUCAGCUACUGGAACUAUAACGUGACUUCCAGCUCGAGUACUUCCUCGAACGAUUCAUUUAUUAUUUUCCCUGUGACAAGCAUCCACCCGCCACCGUUUACGAUCACCGAAACGUACCCACCGAACAUUAAGUUGCCACCUGCAACGAGAACGAUCUUCCCACCCCCAUGGCCAUAUUCAACGGCAUCAGUGUCAGAUCCAACUACUACUCCGACAACCCUGCCGCCAGGGUUUACAUUUCCUCCAGACCCAACCCUCCCCAUAAUCACGACCCAGCCCAGACACCCGGUCUUUCCCGUCACCACAUGGGUACCAGGCCCGACGGUAACUAUUAUCAAUGGCAAGUCUGAGCCUGUAGUCCCUUGCUGGAGCUGGUUCAUAUUCUUUUGCCCACCAGACAUAGGUGGCUGGGUGCUCAGCGGAUGGGAUAUCGGCAUAUACCCCCCCGCACCACCUCCACCACCAGGUCCGCCGCCAGGACCCAAUCCGCCACCGGCCAUCUCAUUUCAACCGAUACCAUGGCCAGAGAUCACGAUUGGUCCCGAUCACAUCCCCACUUACCUUCCUCAUGAUCCUGACGACGAACCAUGCGAGACGGAAGAAGCAGAGCUGUGCACAACAACCGUGUCCAUCGGUACUGCACGGCGCCGGAAUAACAAGAGGAAUUCACAGCAGUUCGGAACAUCCACUAAGAUCGUUAUGAUUGAUGGAAAAGUUGUUAAAAGACAGCAGGACGCAACAAGGACUACGACGGUCGCAUCGUGUCUUACCGUCACGGGAUGUCAUGUCCGAGGCACAGACCUCACGACGACGACUGUCGAACCUACAGCAACACCGGCUCCGUAUAUCGUUUACCCCGCGAGCCCUAUCUUUGUGGGGAACCUGAGGACCGCGCUUUUGGCUUUGCCUGGCGGAUUUUACGAGAGUGUCUCACCGACGCUGGGCACUAUGUUCUUCUUCAUGAAUGGCAUCACGGCUCCUGACGUAGAAAGACUGCAAGCACAGUCGGCGCAGCUGGGUAUCCAGGAUAUAUACAUGCCGCACGGUAUGUUGACGCGUGGCGAGGCAUCGUUUCUCAAUCCUGUUAUUGAAGCAGUGUCAGUCCCAGAGGACGAGACUUCCAUAUGGCACGCCAACAUGACUGAGAAAUUCGGAAUUGAUACAGCAGCUGAUAUCAUAGCCCUUCGCAAACGUGCGGAAGCCAGUGAUAGUAACACGAAACCCGAGAUGGCCGCCUUGUCGUGGGGCCCAGAGUCGGCCAGCCCCAACCAGGACGGGAACUUCUACUUUGACGAUUCCCUAGGCGAAGGCACGUUCCUCUACAGCGUCGACUGGGGCGCGUCAUUGUCGCACACUGAGCUGUCAGGUUUGAAGCCCUCUGCCAUUCUCGUAGAACCUUAUCCACCGACGGUUGUAGGCGACAAUCCUUCCGGCGGGACAAAGCCAGGGUUCCAUGGAACAUGCAUGCUAGCCAAAAUGGCCGGUAAAUCGCUUGGUUCGGCACGCAAAGCUACAGUGUCUUUUACAGCGAUCAACUACGAAAAGUCCGUAUACGAGCACUUCAUCGACGCUCUCCUGAAAGUGCACGACGAUAUUGCGAAGAAUUCUCGCGGGAAGAAAUCCGUCGUGAACAUGUCGCUUUCCUUCCAGGUCUUUCAGCAGGGCGUUGAAAUUGGAGCACCAUUUUCGUCGACUGUUAGCGCGGCGUUUGUGGACAAGAUGGCGUUCAUCAUCAGAUCUCUGAUCGCUAUGGGUGUUGUGGUGACCACUGGGUCCGGCAAUCGAGGAAACUCCCCAAUUGAUGGAUACCCGGCGAAGUUCAAGGAUCCUACGGACCGCAACCACAUCCCGGAUCUCAUUGUUGUUGGUUCUACGACGUACUACGGCCAACGUGGUCCUCAGUCGCAGGACGCCGACUAUAUCGAUAUCUGGGCUCCCGGUCAACACGUGACGUGUACCGAUCCUGAAUUGGGCGUGGAUUCGUACCGUAGCGCUGCAAAGGGCACGUCGAUUUCCUCGGCGGUCGUGGCAGGAUUGGCAGCGUACCUUCGUGGUCUUAAUCCAGCCUUGACUGAUGCACAUGAGGUAGCUAGCCUCAUCAAGCAGCUCGGCUGGGGCCGUCCAAAAUAUUUGGGACCAAACGACCCAGGUGUCUAUCCCAAAAUGGUCUGGAAUGGUCAGACCAACGGGCGUCCAUCUCCUUGCAUUGGUGCGAGCAGCAACAAGAAACGGCAGGAUGACAGCGGCGAGGCUGAAAGUUGUAUCCUCCCCGGCAAUGGUGGCUCCUCGCGCAAGCCCCUGACGUUUUCAUCGGGCGCUCCCUCCCCAACAUGCACCGGAAAUAAUUGCGGUAGUUACUGUACGGGCUUCUUCUGCUCGGCACCAUGCUCGACUUCCUGCGGUCCGCCACCAGACAAUCCAACACAAACGCGGAACCCAGAUUUUCUAGACCCAGCAAACCCAGACAGUUGCCAAAACACCAACAAUCCUAACUUCGGCAAUUGUGAAGGGCAAGCAUUGAUCCCGCCCUGCCAAACCACGACCAUUAGCGGAACAGUAGGCUGCUACACAUCCACCUCCAGCAGCUCAACGCCGCCGCCGACACCAGAUCCAACUCCCCCUCCGGCACCAGCACCACCGCCAAAUCCCACGACACCCUUGGAGAUGAAGUCUGUUGUGUGUAACAACGAGGCAAAUUUCCCCGGCCACGCAGACAUCAAUCCAGUGUUCCAAAGUAGCUUCGCGGACCGGUAUUGCGAAGUUGACACGGGCGACAGCAACAUCGAUACCAUGGGUCCUGGGGACCCGCCGCUUGGAGUCACAAGGUCAGAUACAUUCAACAUCAACUACUUUUACCAGAUUCAGUGGCUCGAUGGGUGUCAAACAACAGUCGCGAGGCAGGAUGUCCAUGAUCCGCUUGGUGAUGGAUCGCAUGGUUGCCCUGAUAUUCUAAAUGAUGCCUUCUCGAAUUGUAACAAUGGUGGCGUCGGUGGAUACAUUGAUGUUGGAUGUUUGAGAUACGAAUUUGAUGGAGGAUUUUGA